AUGUACAAAACCCAGCUUCAGGAACUCUGUCAGAAGAAGAAAUGGGCUUUGCCCAGAUAUUCCUGUGUGAAGGAGGGACCCGAUCAUAACCCUUGUUUCACAGCUUCAGUUGUUGUUAAAGGUGUCACCUUUGACACAACCCUUCACUCUAACAAUAUCAAAGAUGCCCAAAAUGAUGCUGCUAGGCUUGCUGUCGAUCACUUUAUUGCAUCUGAACCAAAAGCAGAAACUGAAACUGGACAGCCAGGGAUUGAUAUACAUCAGGCUGGGAAAUUGCAGUCAAGUGAAGAGGAAUUCAAGAAUGAUGAUAUGGAUGACUACAAGCUGAGGCUGCAGACUUAUGCACAAAGAAAUAAACUUGGCAUACCGUUGUAUUUAAGUGAUAAAAUAGGCCCACCUCAUGCUCCGUGCUUCAAGGCCAAAGUAUUUGUUAAACGAAUUCCUUAUGAAAGUCCAGGGUCUUAUAAGACUUUAGAGGAAGCUGAGAUUGCUGCUGCACAAUUUGCUCUUCUUUCAUUUGCAAAAGAUACCUUACAAAAGGCACCUGUUUCUUUGCAAAAUUCUUGUCCACUCUACAAGAACGUGUUACAAGAGUUAGUUCAAAGCAUAGGUUGCAAUUUGCCAAUAUAUAAAACUGAAAUGUCUGGUGGUGAACCUCACAAUCCAUCUUUCAUAUCCACCGUGGAAGUAGUCGGAGUGAUAUUUCAAGGCACAGUGGCAAAAUCCAAGAAACAAGCAGAAGUCAAUGCUGCAAGGGCUGCUUGCACUGUUUUUAUGGAACGUGACUAG